CCCACAGCCCUGAAGCGAGCCGUGCUCGGCCUGCUGCCCGCCUGCUGUGCCCGCUUCCUCUGGAGCCAGCCCGACCAGCUCUGCCUCAGCAAGUUCUUCCUGGGCGCAGGCGUCGGGGGCUUCCUGGCCCUGGGCCUCUCCCAGCUCCUCAUCUUCCCCAUGAGCCUCGACGAGGGUCACAAGAUCGAGCUGAUGUACGGGCUGGCAGGUGUCAAUGCCCUGGGCUGGGGCAUCUCCCCGCACUUCCGCUGCGCCAGCCUCCUGGUCGCCCCCAAGUUCCUGGGCAAGGAGGGGCGGCUCUACCUGCUCACCUACGUCCUGGCUGCCGUCUAUGACGGCCCCAUCGCCAACAUGCGGCACAACCUAGACGAGGUGAUCCGCUCCAUGGGCUGCACCGUGGAGCUGCAGAUCAACCACAGCCGGCAGAUCUGGAGGGUGUCCACGGCCCCCCUGCGCGCCGUGCUGCGCGACAUGGUGAAGGGCGGGCAGACCCUCAAUGCGGAGACCCGGAACGUCUCGCAGGCGUUCGCGGGGCUAAACGAGCAGGUGGCCAGCGAGGCGGGGUACGGCGUGAGGCGCCCGCGCCGGGCACAAGGGCACCAUGCCCCCAGCACACAGCAGCUGUACGAGCAGAAAACCAAACUGCGCUGCAAAUACGUGAUUGACGAGGCGAUCGGGCGUUGCCAGGCCUGGUUCGACGCCAAGCACAAGGCCUGUCUGCGGCGCGUUGCGGUGCCCCUCAUCAGCCACCUGCUCUGUCUGCCCAUGAAGUUCAAGUUCCUCUGCCACGUGGUUCAGGUGAUGCACGCCUGGUGCAGGGACAAGAUCCCCGUGGAGGGCAACUUCGGCCAAACUUACGACAAGGUGAACGGCUCUGUGGCCGGCAUCAGCCAGGACUUCAGCGCCCAGCUGGUCAUCAAGCACGAGGCCCAGGACACGCUGGUGGGCGUGAACGUGUCCCGGGAGCAGCUCACCGAGGAGGUGACCUCGCACGUGCGUCAGCAGAGCGUGCGGCUGGGCCAGGCCAUCUCCGUGCUGCGCCUGCUGCUCUCCUGCACCUUCCUCUUCGUCUUCAUCUCCGCUUUCUCCUACACGAACCACUACAACCACGAUAUCCGCUUCGACAACCUCUACGUCACCACCUACUUCCGCCAGCUCGACGCCCGGCGCUGGAAGCAGAAGAAGCGUACGUUGCUGCCCCUGCGCCGGGCCGAGGUCUCCGGCGUGAUCUUCCCCUGCAGGCCGGCCGUGCAGCCGCCCGAGCUGAAGAGCCUGAUGCUGGAGCUGCUGGAGUGCAUCCCCCCGCUGCUCUUCCUCCUGCUGGCCUGGGGCCUCGACCAUGUGCUCUACACCAUGUUCAGUGUUAUCCGGCACCACUCCUUCGUGCAGUACUCCUUCCGCAGCAGCCACCACCUGGAGGUGCGGGUCGGGGGCCGCUCCCUGCUGGCCCGGCUGCUCCGAAGCACCAUCGGCGCCUUGAACACGUCCUCCGAGAUGGCGCUGGAGUCGACUAACCUGGCCUGCCUGCCGCAGCCCCAGGCCAUGACACAGAGCGACUACCUUUCCAGCUGCCUGCCCCUGGGGGCCCUGGUGCUGCUGUGUCUGGGGCAGGUGUAUGCCCACCGCCUGCGCCGCGUCAUUGCUGCCUUCUAUUUCCCCAAGCGGGAGAAGAAGCGGGUUCUCUUCCUGUACAACGAGCUGCUGCGCAAGCGCCAAGCCUUCGUCCGGCUGCAGAGGAGACGCAUCGCCCGGCACGCCCGGCGGCACCAGGCCUUUGAGAAGCCCCUGCUGGAGCGUUUCUACCUCUGGUGCCCACUUCUGCGCCGCUGCCUGCGCCGGUACUGCGUGCUGUGCGGUUCACCCGAGAGCCGCACCUCCCAGCCGUGCCCGACGCCCACCUGCGGCACCAUCUACUGCCGGCCCUGCUGGAGGGACAUGGGGCAGGUCUGCUUCGCCUGCACCCCCGGCCACGCGCCCCUGUCUGGAGACAGCAGCAGCGAGGAGCAGAUGAGCUACGCGGACUGAGGCAUGGGGGGCCAGCAGGAGGUUCCUCCCCAGGCGGCAGCACCAGGCGGCAGCGUGAGGACCUGGGACAUUAUUGGCACGUGACGCCCCGGAUCCUGCAGGGCAACCAGACACUCAGCAUGGCCGAGACAGAGCUGGUAAGGACUCUGUCCUCCUCCCCAGCAGCCCCUGACUGCAUUCCCUGGCACCCCUACUCCCCCCAACUGAUGCACACCCCCCCCCGGUCUUGUCCCUCAGCGGGGGCCUCUCCCUGGCCCGGGCGGGACCCAGUCCAGCUGGCAGGGAGGGGCACUUGGGGAGCCCUAGCGCUUCCCUCCCAGCCCCAUGGGUGCUACUCUCGCAUCGCUCCCCCCACCCCAACUGGAUUCCCCGGCUCCCUUUCCAGGCACAGGAAACCCAGCCCCUGUCCCGGCUCUGGCCUCCGGGUUCCCAGCGCCUGCCCAGUCCCCGGGGUCCCGGCAGGGAGCAAAUACCUGCAGCCUCUGGGGGGGAUGGGAGCAUGGGGAGACCCCCAGCCCUGCAAGGAUGGGGGAGAAGGGACCUGCUGCAUUCCAGCUCCCCCCAUCCCUGUGUGGGAGUCCCCGGCCCCAGCAGGCCCCGCUGCCUUGAGUGGCUUCCUCAGGGGCAUCUGGGACUCGAGGAUGCCUGGAGAAGGUCCCUUCAGACCCACGCUGGGGGAGGGGCAGGGAAGGAGACGCUGUCCCUGUAGACUCCCCCGUCCCCCCCCAGCCAGGCGGGCUGUGUGAGCUCAUUCCCGCCCGCCCCCCCGCCGGAAGGGCCUGGCCCGGCCACAGCUAGGGAUCCUCUGUGGCAUUUCCUCUUUGCUCCGUGCUGGGCAGGAAGCGCAGGGUGUGUGUGGUGGGGGGGGUGGGACACCUCCUGCAACACCCCACCCCCAGGACAAUGAGCUAAUGAGGGAGGGGCGCUUCCUGGUGAGCUCCGGGAGGGGACCUCCAUCCUGACCUCUUCCUCACCCCUGGCACUCUAGGGCCUAACCGAGACCACAUGAGUGGUGGGGGCUGCCCUGUAUCCCGCUCCCUCUGUUCCCCCCUCACCUGCCGGCACAGCUUGGGCCCCGUCGGCGAUGCUGGCUGGGGAGGGUCCGAGCUGGGCGACCCCAGUCCCGGGCUGGACAGAGCUGCGAUGCCAGGGCGGGGUGAGCCGGGGCAUGGUCUGCCAGGGGGCAUUGGCGGGUGCCCCCCCCCACACGCUUCCUCCUCCCAAACACCCUCCAUGUGGCCAU